AUGAACGACCGGCUGUUCGACUUCAGGGACCGCCUGUGCUUCUACUCGAACCUCGGCUACGUGGAAGCUCUCAACGAGUGGCAAUACGAGAUUCGAAAGAUCUGCGUCAAAGCCGAAGGCUUCGUGCACCAUCAGCAGCGGCGCGACCCCCAACCCCGCCACCGCCACCGCCGCCACCAUUCUUCAGGGGACAAGCACAGCAGCAGCAGCAGCAAGCAGCCAACCCUCGUGGAAGUGAGGUCGAAGUGA